AUGCCAUCUCCGAUGGAGGGAUCGUCCACGGAACAAGACCUGUUUACUGUGAAACAUGAGCUGAGAAACGCCAACCUGACGGGGCAUGUGGAGAGAGUGGGGAUCGAGAACUUUGAGCUCCUAAAGGUGCUGGGGACCGGAGCCUAUGGGAAGGUGUUUCUGGUCCGCAAAGUGAGUGGUCACGAUGCUGGGCAGCUGUACGCCAUGAAGGUCCUGAAGAAGGCCACGAUCGUGCAGAAAGCAAAGACUGCAGAACACACCAGGACCGAGCGCCAGGUCCUGGAGCACAUCCGCCAGUCGCCUUUCCUCGUCACACUGCACUACGCCUUUCAGACCGACACCAAGCUGCACCUCAUCCUUGAUUACGUCAACGGAGGAGAACUGUUCACACAUUUAGUUCAAAGAGUUCGGUUUAAAGAACAGGAGGUGGCGCUGUACAGUGGAGAGAUAGUGCUGGCCCUGGAGCAUCUACACAAGUUGGGAAUCGUGUACAGGGACCUGAAGUUGGAAAACAUUCUUUUGGACUCCAGUGGGCACAUUGUUCUGACGGAUUUUGGACUCAGUAAAGAGUUUGAUCAGUUGGAGAGGGCUUUCUCUGUGUGCGGCACCAUCGAGUACAUGGCUCCGGAGAUCGUGGAAGGAGGAGAGUCGGGGCAUGACAAGGCGGUGGACUGGUGGAGUCUGGGAGUCCUGAUGUACGAGCUGCUGACCGGAGGAUCCCCCUUCACUGUGGACGGAGACGAGAACUCUCACACAGACAUCGCAAAGAGGAUUUGUAAAAAGGACCCUCCCUUCCCUAAAAACGUGGGACCUCUGGCCAAAGACCUGAUCCAGAGACUCUUGGUCAAAGACCCAAAGAACAGGCUGGGAUCAGGGCCGGGCGGCGCGGAAAACCUCAAGAAUCACCCCUUUUAUCAGAAGAUCAUCUGGGAGGACCUGGCGGCGAAGAGGGUCCCUGCUCCGUUCAAACCCGUGAUCCGAGACGAGCUAGAUGUCAGUAACUUUGCAGAAGAGUUCACGGAGAUGGAUCCCACGUAUUCUCCCGCUGCGCUGCCACAGAACUGCGACCGCAUCUUCCAGGGCUACUCGUUCAUGGCUCCUUCGAUCCUCUUUAAGAGAAACGUGGUGAUGGACGACGCGGUGGAGCUUUGCGGGUCUUCGGACCGGCCACGCUCCGCUGCCGUGGCUCGCAGCGCCAUGAUGAAGGACUCUCCAUUCUACAUGUCGUAUGAGAUGGACUUGAAGGACGCGGCUUUAGGAGAGGGGAGUUUUUCAAUUUGUCGACGCUGUACGCACAAGAAAACAGGCCAACAGUACGCCGUCAAGAUUGUCAGCAAGAGGAUGGAGGCUCAGACACAGAGAGAAAUUGCUGCUUUAAAACUCUGUGAUGGACAUCCCAACAUCGUCAAGCUUCACGAGAUCUACCACGACCAGCUGCACACGUUCCUGGUGCUGGAGCUACUGGGAGGAGGAGAGCUCCUGGAGAGGAUCAGGAGGAAGCAGCACUUCAGCGAAACAGAGGCCAGUCGCAUCAUGAGGAAACUGGUGUCUGCCGUCAGCCACAUGCAUGAUGUGGGAGUGGUGCACCGAGACCUCAAACCAGAGAAUCUGCUCUUCACGGACGAAGGGGAGAACUCGGAGAUCAAAAUCAUAGACUUUGGCUUUGCACGGCUGAAGCCUCCAGACAAUCAGCUGCUGAAGACGCCGUGCUUCACGCUGCAGUACGCCGCGCCCGAGAUCCUCAAGUAUGACGGUUACGACGAGUCAUGUGACCUGUGGAGCCUGGGCGUCAUACUGUACACGAUGCUGUCGGGGCAGGUGCCGUUUCAGUGCCAAGAGAAGAGUCUGGCGCACACCAGCGCAGAGGAGAUCAUGAAGAAGAUCAAACACGGAGACUUCUCGUUCCAGAGCGAGGCCUGGAGGAAUGUGUCGCAGCAGGCCAAGGACCUCAUCCAGGAGCUGCUGACGGUGGACCCAAACAAGCGCAUAAAGAUGUGUGGUCUGAGGUACAACAUGUGGCUCCAGGACGACUCGCAGCUGUCGUCCAACCCCCUCAUGACGCCCGACAUCCUGGGCUCGUCCACCGCCUGCGUGCACACCUACGUCAAGGCCACUUUCAACGCGUUCAACAAGUGCAAGCGCGAGGGCUUCCGACUGCAGACUGUGGACAAGGCGCCGCUGGCCAAACGCCGAAAGAUGAAGAAGACCAGCACGAGCACGGACACACGCAGCAGCUCCAGCGAGUCCACGCACUCCUCCAGCUCAUCUUCCCAGUCUCACGACAACAAGAACUUCCAAGAUGGCGACACGCACAGUCUCCAAAGCAACAGGCCGCCUGCCACUCCGCUGACCACGCCCGUAAACACCCCUCUGACCCAGAAUCAGGACGACAGCUCAGCGGCACCCCCUGCCUUCCCCUUCACAGACACGCAGUGA